GCAGAUAGAACUUGAAAAUAAUUCUAUCUUUAAAUCACAAUGAAUCUCUUUCAGCAUUAUUAUGUGUUUGUCGUAAUUUUUUAUUUCGCCAACGGAAUAAUUCAGCUCAAAGAUGGACCCGGCGUUUGCAAAAAUAAUGAUGAAACAAACCUAAAAUGUUGUACAAAUUAUCGACAAAAGGAUGAUUUCUGCGAACCCUGUGAAGUAGGCACGUAUGGAGACAGCUGUACGGGAGGACCCUGUGUCUAUGGAUACUAUGGGUUUGGUUGUCAGAGUAAAUGUAACUGUACGUCCGACCAGUACUGUGACAGGAAGAUAGGAUGUUUUCAUAAUGCUACAAAAGACCUAGAGGGCGCAGUAUUGGAGGACAAAUCAAACAAUAGUAUUGUCCUUACUGUUACAAUAACGGUGGCAGUUCUCAGUUUGAUUUCCAUAAUAGUCGCUAGUGUCUUCAUUUAUGAUAAAAAAUUAAAGUUCAUACGCCAGUAUUUGACAAGACGGGGGGCAACCCGGCCUGAAAACGCAGAUUCAGUGAGAGCACAGGAGAAUUACUCUCAGUGGACAAGGGGCUCAAACAAUUACAACAUGCUUAGCAACAGAAGAUUCAAUUUAGAUUUCAAAGUGAACGCAAUGGACGAGGUAGACAUCUACGAUCAUGUUGACGAAGUAAUAUCCAGCCGCAAUAGUACAUCUCAGGAGGAGUACGACACCACAGUUCUCAGCAAGAACUAUGUAAUGGCUGAAAUUCAUGGCAAUAAGGAAAAUAUUCAUGAUAAAAGGAACAAUGUUAAUGAUGACACAGGUGGUAUAUUAAGAGAAUGCUAUUCACUUGCUUUAAAUCCGGACAAUUUAUCAGAAUCUGCAAUGGAGAAUGUAAAAUGUUCUUGAAAUGCAAACAGGAAGACUUUAAAAAGAAAAUCAUGAUCAUUUUAUCUUGGUGCAAAUUUAAGUGUUUCAUUUUUUGUUGCCAUUUAAAUGCUUCCUUAACCACAGCUGUUAUAAAAUCUCACGUCUUUGUGUUAGGAAAUUAAACUAUCUAAACCCCCCUCCCGUGAUGCAUAUAGCUAAAGAGUUGUGUACAAAAAAUUACCAGUCUAUCUUUGUAUCUUUUUUCACAAAAUCCCAGAUCCAUCAAUCCCACCUGCUGUUAAUAUAGAGCGAACGGACGAGUCGCACAUGUAUGUUAUGAUGGUUCCCUCUUUCUUUAAAAAAAAUUAGAAGAACGCUGAAAUAAAUCCAUAGAAACAUUUUUUAAAGAUUAGAGUCACAUUAUUUAAUAAUAAUAUUUAAAACAAAUUAAAUGUUUAAAUAUUCUAUUUAACGCUCUUUGCAAAGAAAAUUAUGUUUCAUCUUCUUUAAAUUUGAUCGUUAUGCUGAUUUAAAAAAUCUGUUAUGAAAUAUAUGGAAAUAACAAAUGAAAUAUUUGGAAAAUUAAUAACAAACUGUAUUUGGGCUCUGAAUUCCAUGCAAACAAUACAAAUCAGGAGAAGAGCAGGUGAAACCAGGUGCAAUGGAGGAGUGAGCAUCCUCUACAGACCGGUCAUUUCCGGCAUGUGCUUCUUCUCAUGAUCAGAAAAAUCCACCAGCUAUUCAGUAUUUAAGGAUAUCCGAUCCUCAGCCAGGAAGGAUAACUCCAAAAAUUUAUAUUUAAUUUGAAAUGCAUCAAAGCGAAGCUUGGAAAUGAUUUUUUUUUCAAGCAACAAUUUUCAUUUUAUUCAUCUUUAAAAGAUUCAAGGUCUUAUGAAGUUUUAGAAAAGUUCUUAUAAAAAUUGACAUUUGUACCCUAUAAAAGGAAAAAAAAAUCAAUACAGCUUUAGAGAAAUAAGAUUUUUUUAAUUUACUCUUAGAUGCCAAUGCUUAUUGGAAUGAUGUGAAAUCAGAAGUGAAGUGAUUUGUGGUGUCUUGCAAUGAUAGCAAAAGCCUUUUACACUAUGUAUUAUAGAAUACACGACGGAAACAGAAGACAUAAAAUACCAAAUUAGUAUAAAAAUCAUGACAAUUUCUUUGAAUGCCUGGAUACCUAUCGUUUUUUAACCUAAAAUAUAUUUGUUGAUGAAUUUGCAAUUAGAAAAUGCAUUGCUGAUAUUCCAAUUCACUGCAAAAUAAAUGGAAUUUUGACUAUUUUCCCUAUAUAAAAUGAUUAAAUUUAAUUUUUGAAUUUAAAGAAAUACUGUGGAUAAAUUUACAUAUCUUUGUGGAUCAGAGAUGCUUUUUUGAGUAGUUUAGAUUACUUAACUGCUAAUUUUAUAAACCUGAGGAUCAGACUACCUUGAAGCAGUAUGAAAAAUGUCCGUUAACCUUGGUAUUUGACAUUAUGAUACACUGUUUUUGCUGACAAGGUCACCAUACAUCUUACGAAAUGAUGAAUUUGAUCUAGAUUUUUGAUACUCUUUUUUAUAAACGUAUUUGUCAAUAAAUCACCUUGUCUUUGAAAUCGUUUAUAUGAAAGCAUGCUCUUGUUUAUCGAUUCAACUGAGAGAUAUCAAGAAGGUAGCAAAAACUAAAAAAAAUAAUCGAUAGUGGAUGUGAUCGAACGAUA